UUUUUUUAGGAGUCCGAUGUUUAGCCGGAUGUGUGCGACGUAGAACAUACGACUUACGACGUCGCACACUCAGCUUCCAUACCACCACGUUCCUUACUAAUUAUUUCGGAAUAGACUGACUGGUUUACUGGGUGGUGUUUCUAUUUUAUUAAAGUAAAUUAUAUCAAAAUGGCUACGGACUCCUGGGCACAGGCAGUUGAUGAGCAAGAAGCUGCAGCAGAAUCGCUGGGGAAUCUUCAAUUAAAAGAGAAGCCAGGAGAAAAUGGCAUGUUGGCAGGCGCAGCCGAUUUUAGCAACACAGCUCCUAAACCCGCAUCUGAUGGAGAAACGAAGAAUGCAGAAGACGACGACAGCGAGAAUAAAGCAGCGCAGUCGCUGUUAAACAAACUGAUCCGGAAUAAUCUUGUCAAUACAACGAAUCAAGUGGAAGUUCUUCAGAAGGAUCCUAAUUCUCCACUCUACUCUGUAAAGUCUUUUGAAGAAUUGCGUCUUAAACCUCAGCUGCUUCAAGGAGUUUAUGCAAUGGGUUUUAACAGACCAUCUAAAAUCCAGGAAACGGCUUUACCCAUGAUGCUGGCAGAGCCUCCACAGAAUCUGAUUGCUCAGUCACAGUCAGGGACGGGAAAGACGGCUGCUUUUGUACUGGCCAUGCUCAGCCAUGUUGACCCCAAUAAUAAAUUUCCUCAGUGUCUGUGUGUGUCGCCCACUUAUGAGCUGGCGCUCCAGACUGGCAAGGUGAUCGAGCAGAUGGGCAAAUAUUACCCUGAAGUCCAGUUGGUUUAUGCCAUCAGAGGAAAUAAAUUGCAGCGAGGUAUGAAACUACAGGAACAAAUAGUCAUCGGCACGCCUGGUACCAUGCUGGACUGGUGCAGCAAGUUCAAGUUUAUAGAUCCAAAGAAGAUCAAAGUGUUCGUUCUGGAUGAAGCCGACGUCAUGAUCGCCACGCAGGGUCACCAGGACCAAAGUAUACGAAUCCAGAGGAUGCUGCCUAAAAACUGCCAGAUGUUGCUGUUCUCUGCUACAUUUGAGGAGUCCGUCUGGAGCUUUGCUCAGCGCAUUGUUCCCGAGCCCAACAUCAUCAAACUGAAGAGGGAGGAGGAGACUCUGGACACCAUCAAACAGUAUUAUGUGCUGUGUAACAGCAAGGAGGAGAAGUUUGAAGCUCUGUGUAACAUCUACGGCGCCAUCACCAUCGCUCAGGCCAUGAUCUUCUGUCAUACGAGGAAGACUGCUGGUUGGUUGGCUGGAGAGCUGUCCAGAGAAGGUCACCAGGUGGCGCUGCUCAGUGGAGAAAUGCAGGUGGAGCAGAGGGCGGCCGUCAUUGAACGCUUCAGAGACGGAAAGGAGAAAGUCCUGGUGACGACAAAUGUUUGCGCUCGAGGCAUUGAUGUCGAACAGGUUUCAGUGGUAAUCAAUUUUGAUUUGCCGGUCGACAAAGACGGUAACCCCGACAACGAGACCUACCUGCACAGGAUUGGGCGCACGGGUCGAUUUGGGAAGAGAGGACUGGCCAUCAACAUGGUGGACAGCAGGAUGAGCAUGAACAUCCUCAACAGGAUCCAGGAGCAUUUCAAUAAGAAGAUUGAAAAAUUAAACACUGAUGAUCUGGAUGAAAUUGAGAAAAUUGCCAGCUAAAGGAGAUUCCCCCCUCACCCCGUUUGCUCUCUGAGGACAUUUUGCUUCUAGAGUGUUUUAUGCUUUUAUUUUUUUUUAUUUUUAGCGACUGGAGAAAAGAGCAAAACCACACUCACAGUAAAAGUUUACACGUGGAUGCGUCUCUUCUGACAGAUGUUUGCUUUUUUAAAUUCUGCCCCGUUUCACUCUUUGUACUACUUUGAAUAAAAUGUUUGAGUUUAUUGUUGCGUUCUGUGAGGCGGUUAAAGCAGGCAGACCCCCAAACCCUCUUAAAGGUUUUCUUCGUGCAGCUUUGGCUGAAAUCUGCAUAGAAAAUAUGCUUUUUAUGUGCCACCAAAUUAUUUCAUUUACAAAAACGUAAUGUGAUUGAAUGUAACUGAAUCAAGGGGGACUGUUCAAUGCUUUCAUUGUGCUCUGUCACAACUCCCAGACGCCAGUGCAAAGGGUGAAGUUGGGUUUUACUGCCCUGAGUGGGUUUCUGAUGGUUUUAUGGGUCUAUGCAAACUUUAAAAAAACUAUCAACCUGUAAUCAACGUGACACAAAUUAAUGCUGAGAUAUAAACCUCAUCUUUAGUAUCAGGGUGUGUGGAUCAAAUUGCCAAAAGAAAUGGAAAAGGCUGCGUAAAGACACCAUGCUAACUACAAAUCAUAAAAAUGUUUUAGCCACUUCAGCCAUUUUUAUCUUUUUCUUUUGUCACUCAUAAAAACUCAUUUUACCUCAAACGGAUCACCAAGAAUUUUUCUGUGUCUCAUGUUUUCUUCAUCAGGAUUUCCACUUUAAUUUAAGUAAACUUCAUUGUUCCGUCACCCAAAAAAACGCAAGGCCUUCCUCAAGUGCAUUAUAUACAGAUAUGGUUUUGUUACUGCUAUAAAACAUUGGUUUCAUACUCUGGAAGACUUGAAAUUUUGAUUAUACAUUGAAAUCUAAGUGACUUUAGGAUGUGUUUGAUUCUCUUCUGAAACCAAAUGCUGAAUUGACUUGAGGACCUAUGCUAAUCAGAUUAGCUGUGUUGCUCCAACACAGUCAGAAACGGGAUACUUGUACUUGUGUACAUAUAAUUUUUACGUCAAAAGGAGUGGAAUUAUUUUUCCCAGCACUUCUGAGAAGUGCAAAAAGCACUCCUCUGGGUUUCGUUUUGACGGCAUCAAUCAGAAAAACCUCACAUUGGUUGGUUCGCUUAGGGAGUGUGGUUUUGAAAAUGACGGCCGCCGUCUCCACUGAGCCUGCGAUGAACCUCAUACGUGUUCUGGCUGGAAGUCUCAACGUCAUUGGACUGAAAUGUGGAACUUUUGCUGAAAUAAGACACAAAAUGAGGAGAAAAGAAAUGCUACAAAUACACAAGUCUGUGAGGAAUGUAGGUUUGUUUGGACACUCAGAUGUGUACACUAAUGGAGUGUGCGUUUUGUUGGUUAAUAUUGUAUAACACCACUAUAUGACAUUAAUGGAAACUGCAGUUUUGGUUAUGGAGUUUAACACCCCCCCCCCUCCCCAUGUGUUGUACAUCUUUAAUAACUGAUGAUCUGCAUAACCUGAAUCAUGUACACAACCAAUAACUGGGCUAAAAUGGAGACCAUGAUAGGUCUGAGCCGUGUUCAUGCACACAGUUAUGUAUUCUUAACAUGUUGAAUUAAAGAAAAGUAGAUGU